AUGGGACUUUUUACACUCGGUCUUCUUGCUAUCAUUGGCAUUGGUGGUGGAGCAGCGUACUACGUGCACAAGCAAGGCGAGAACCAACCCACGGCCGAAGGAGGCGAAGAGAAGAAGAGUGGCAUGUUUGGAUUUGGAAAGAAAAAGGAAGGAGAAGCAGAAAAGAAGGAAGAAGGUGGAGGCUGGAAGAUGCCAUCCAUGCCCAACCAAAAUUCCAUGAAAAUGAUGAUGAUGAAACAGUCCAUGACCAACGCCUUCAAAUAG